CCCCGCACCCGCCCAGCCGCGGGGCCGCCUCCGGCAUGCGGAGCUGCAAGAUGGUGCGGGUGGCCAGCGUGCUGGGGCUCGUCAUGCUCAGCGUGGCGCUGCUCAUCCUGUCCCUCAUCAGCUACGUCUCGCUCAAGAAGGACAACAUCUUCGGGGCGCCCCGCGCCGCCGGCGCCGCCGGGCCCCGCAUGUACAUGUUCCACGCGGGAUUCCGCUCUCAGUUUGCGCUGAAGUUCCUGGACCCCUCGUUCGUGCCCAUCACCAACUCCCUGGGCCAGGAGCUGCAGGACAAGCCCUCCAAGUGGGUUUUCAACCGGAGCGCCUUCGCCCACCAGAGGCAAGAAAUCCUUCAGCACGUUGACGUCAUCAAAAACUUUUCUCUGGUCAAGAGCAGCGUUCGGAUCGGGCAGCUGAUGCACUACGAUUACUCCAGCCACAAGUACGUGUUCUCCAUCAGCAAUAACUUCAGGUCUCUGCUUCCUGACGUGUCUCCCAUCCUGAACAAGCACUACAACAUCUGCGCCGUGGUCGGCAACAGCGGGAUCCUGACCGGGAGCCAGUGUGGGCAGGAAAUUGAUAAGUCAGAUUUCGUCUUUCGGUGCAAUUUUGCUCCGACUGAGGCUUUCCAGAAAGAUGUUGGAAGGAAAACCAACCUUACCACCUUCAACCCCAGCAUCCUGGAGAAGUAUUACAACAACCUCUUGACCAUUCAGGAUCGCAACAACUUCUUUUUAAGCUUGAAAAAGCUCGAUGGGGCCAUUCUUUGGAUCCCCGCUUUUUUCUUCCACACCUCGGCGACAGUCACGAGAACACUGGUUGACUUCUUUGUCGAGCACAGAGGGCAGCUGAAGGUCCAGCUGGCUUGGCCAGGAAACAUCAUGCAGCACGUUAACAGGUACUGGCGGAACAAGCACCUGUCCCCGAAGCGGCUGAGCACGGGUAUCCUCAUGUACACCCUGGCUUCGGCCAUCUGCGACGAGAUCCACCUCUACGGCUUCUGGCCCUUCGCCUUCGACCCCAACACGCGGGAGGACCUCCCGUACCACUACUACGACAAGAAGGGCACCAAGUUCACCACCAAGUGGCAGGAGUCCCACCAGCUGCCCGCAGAGUUCCAGCUGCUCUACAGGAUGCACGGUGAAGGACUGGCCAAGCUCACCUUGUCUCAUUGUGCCUAA